AUGGGUCUCGCCAACGACAAGUUCCCUUCCUCGGUCGCUUUCGACGCCAUCAACGAUGCGCUUACCGGCAGCGAAGACGACCGCAAGGACGCCAUCAAACAGGGCAAUGCCAUUUUCGCCUUCAACCUGAAGAACUCGGCCGGCGAGACCGACAGCUGGCACAUUGACCUCAAGGAGAAGGGUGAGGUCGGCAAGGGCACCGGCAACAAGCCCACCGUCACUCUGUCUCUGUCCGAUUCCGACUUUGGCAACCUCGUCCAGGGCAAAGCCAACGCCCAGAAGCUUUUCAUGUCCGGCAAGCUCAAGAUCAAGGGCGACGUUAUGAAGGCUACCAGGAUGGAGAGCAUCCUGAAAAAGGCGCAGACCAAGGCCAAGUUGUAG